AUUUGUACUGCCUAAGUAGACUCAAUAAACAAGCCAGAAUCCUAGACCCUCUUUUUAACUUUCAUCAUUCAUCCCCCAUUUUUCUUGUUACGAAAGCGUAAGUCCACUCGUAGAGCUGCUCUUGUAUGUUGUGACUGACUAUCGCUAUCCGAAAUGUCCAGUGCUCCUCCAUCUCAAGGCCUUGGUGCCGGAGGCGGAAGUGGUGGUCUCCAAUUACCACUAGCAAGGGGAAUGUUACAGCCAAGCAGUGAGGUGGAAGCUUCUGGUGGGAGUGACGGAGCAUCUUCUGGUGUGUCGAUCCCAUCUGCGCGGGAAGAUGACGAUGUGUUAAGCCUCUUAAUUUGUUUUUACCUGCUUUGAAACUAUAACUACCCAAUCCGUCAGUAUCACCAUGAUAGAUCCCCAUCUUCCCUUACUCCUGCUUGAUAUUGUAUGUUACUGCGAGGGAGCGAGAUGGAUUUCUCUAUCUAAUAGGAACCAUCUCACCAGGAGAGGAAGAUGCGCACUCGGGAGGUGUAGUUUCCGGAUCUGGUGGAGAAGAUCAGCCUGCUCUCCACUCAGAAGUUGAAGGAACUGUGAGCAUCAGCGAAACAGCAACAGAGACGGAGUUUGAAGAUCACACCAACCUAGUUGAUCCAGGAAAACAAGACAACACUCCAGCUCGUCCAAAAAUCUUGAUCAAUCUUACAGCUGAGGAAAACGAUGACAUCGAGCGCAUUACCGCUAUGGAGCUUCCUCAACUUCCGGCAAUCGAUAGUCAAGAUAGGCAACUAGACCACGUAGACGAACAAAGUCCUCGAAGUGGCAAGACGGGGUCUGCAUCUGCGAGACCUUCGCUGCCGAGCAUUAUUAAGCCUGUAAUUAUAGUAGAGAUAAUUCGAAGUAUAAUACAUAGAAGUUACAGCUAUGUCACAUGUCUCUCUGUACGUACGAGGUCAUUUGAAUCAGUGUUGGUGACAUUCGAUUAAAGUGGCGAGUCGGAAGAUUCAAUUCUACGACAGCUUGCUAGUAUCUUCGAUUAACCCAACAGGUGACCAAAUAAAACAGUGAGUAGAAUCCAAUACUCGUCGUGUCUUCUCUACUAGGAUCACUGUCUACCUUCUUCCUUCCCUUUAAGCGUCGCAAACAGAAUUCAGAUUCUACCCCGCAACAGUUUUCCAGGAGCAGCUUGCGUAUGAACGCUUUUGGUGCAGCAGAUGCAGGCAUGCUGGAGGAAGGGGGUGAGGAGAUUCAUUUUGGAGGCGACGGUGGAGACUUUUUCGGCGGCGAAGAAGAGGGGGAGGCGGCAACACCCCCUUCUCUUCCUGUACUAGUGGGGGACGAAGCAGAGAAGGCAGAAGGUGCUGCAACAAGUCCUAUACCUAUAAUUGCUGUUGGGGAUGCCAGCAUUUCUGAAGAACAUGUUGUAGAUGCUCGUCAGACCACUCGAUCUGGUACGGAGGACAAACCCCCGAAUGUUUUUAAUGGCGUGAGAUUUGCUGAAGAUCGCGAAACUUCUGUACAACUAGAAGACGACUCUGCCUCUUCAACAGGUGGCAAAAGUAGCAACAAAGAACAGGGGAUGAACAAGAUCACAUCAUCGGCUGCAAAAAAUUCGAAUUCCAGUCCUCCGUCACCUUCGAACAAGAGUAUUAUUAUUAAACGUGCACAAGAAGAACUUGAAAAGGUAUCUUCUGGUUCUUAUGCACCUUCAAGAAAGACGCCUGAUGCUGACCUGCCUGCUCCAGUGGAUCGCUUCGUAGAUCGUGCUAAAAUGACUGUGUCGGUGUCCGGUUCGGUGUAUGAUGGAGAGUUAAGGCUCAUAUCUUCGUAAUAAUCGUGACAGAGAUGUCAUGAUCCUAGGCGAGAAGCUCUGUUUUCAGGGAUUCUUAUGAUCCUAGCUAGGAAGGAGACCGAGACAGGCUCUUCUUGAAUAAUACGAAUGAACAGGAUGCUUCUCGUUCUCAAGAUGCAUCAUUAGGGUGAAAAAUGGGACCUCCUCUAAGAGAACGUGAACUGUCCAGCCAAAUUUCAGGAGUAGUACGAGACUCGGACUCGAAUGGCACGCGCGUUGGUAUCGACGAGUUCCAUGAAGCCAGGAAGCUCCGAGACGCAGCGAAACUGAGAAGUCGAGAAGAAAGGGAGAAACGAGAAAAUCGAAUGCGGGAUUACUACAAGACGGGAUCGCAGGAAUUGAUGUUACGGGUUAUUACCACGACAUUUUUGCAUCCCUCACUUCUAACAACAUCCUUGUCGUUUCUUCAAGUAGAAAAUUAAUAGGUCAAGGAUGAGGUGGAUGUGCUGCAGAAACUUACACUUUGUCAUAAGGCAACCUCUAAGGAUGAGCUUGAAGCAACAAGAGCAGGAGGAACGCGGUUCGCACCCUCUGCCAGGUGAUGACGAUUUCGAACAUACUCCUAGCAGUGACGCCAGGUUACGGCUUUGUCUGUCCUGUUCAAAUUCAAUUUCUACUAGUGAUCUCUCAGAUGAUGACAAACAGAUUUUGAAGAUCUUCAUUAUACUACCACAAUUAUGCAUCGCGCGCCAGAAGAAGCGAAGGAAAGGGCAAAGGCUAAGGAAGAAUUGCUGUGAGUGACGAUGGCGUAAAUAUCAAUCUCUAACCGUCACCAACGUUGCUGACGAAGACGAAUCUUCUAGUGUGGGCAGCCAAAUUCAUGCUCACCCCUAUGCGAAUGAGGAGGAGGAAGAAGAUAGAAGGAUGGAUGAGGAGUUCCGCUUCAUAGAAGAUGGCGUUGAUGCAGCCCUCAUCAAGCAUAACCAGAAGCUUGCUGCUAUAUGGUACUUCUACAUGCUUCGAUGGAGAAUCGAGUACACCAGAUACGGUUUUCUUUUUUCCUAGACAUUGAUGUCAAUCUUUUCCAAGACGAUUGGUGUGGUCGUGUCUUGCUUUAUUCUGUUCAUAUCGUUGAUUGUAUUAUACUUAAUAAUCGAUUUAAAUUUUGUUUCAUGCAGACAUGAUAAUUGUCAUUGAGAAAGAAUAAGAAACCUUCCCCAUGAUCAUCUCUUUCUCGGACACCCACUUCAGGUACUACCUUUUCUUUCUGGUGUCGUUCAUCCUGACUGCGAGAACGUUCGGAACAGGAAUGUGGCUAUCGGAGCACUUGUUUCCGGCAUUGCCUCUGGGAACCUUUAGAGGCUUGGAGCGUGGUGAAUACCUUUUCACCGUGUCGAUCCGAAACGUGAGUCCGGAGUUUAAGCAUUGUUAAGGGUUCCAGUAGUACGGGAGGUUCUGCUACUAGUGAUAGUGUCUGAGACCUUGAUGUUCUAUAGACCAAUACCUACUAUGCCAUGUGAUCCACCCUUGCCCCUCUAGUAGAAGCACCCACUCAGGGGAAACUUCUUGUGUUUGCGAAGAAGCCCUCCUCUCUCUAGGAGAAGCAGCGCUUAGCGCUCAAGAAUAAAGUGCUACCAGUCAGUGUGAAAAACCACAACUUCUAACAUCUGGUCGCUGAAAACAAUUGGGCUACAGUAGAGGAUGCACAUACUGCGGCAGCUGAAGACAAGCGUUUGGGAGGCUCCGGAGAUUAUCAUGUUGCUUAUGUUGGAGUUGGAGCAGGAACGAUGAUUAAAUUUUCUCACCUCUCGUCGAGUUUCAUAUGAUGCACAACUAGAUGUUGAACGCUUCGCUAUUUCGUUGUAGUAGGCAUCAUGUUCUUGCAUGCCUUGCCAUUGCCACCAUACUUAAAUGAUACUUACCUGUUGGGAGAAGUCACCAACAAUCUCUUCUGAGCAAUUGAUGUUCACUCUAAUGCACACACGUUGACACCGACGACAAGGGAGUUGACGCUGCAAAAGAACGCUCCUUCAAUGUGAAGGAAAGGCUGCGACAGUAUCAGAAAUGGGAGAGGUUGCAUGGACCUGCCCUUAAGCAACAGCAUGACGCACAAGCAGCAGAAAUGCUGUCAGCUGCUUUCCAACCAGAACUUACAGGUCGUGCAGCCCUUUCGCCGGCAGGAUAUCAGGGUCCUCCUGUGAUAAGGCGGAAUUUGGUAGGAGCAGACAAACCUCUGCCCCCAGCUUCCAAGCCAACAGAAGUACCACGAGGAGCUGUCGGCGCUGAUACGAUUACUAUUGUUCCUCCUUCGGUAUCGGUAACUACUGGCGGUGGCGGUCAUGGAGAUCAAGGAAACAUGGCUGGUGGAGUGGUUUCAUCUUCGAAGGGGAACGAGCAAGGAGAUCGUCCUGCAGCUACACCAUCUUCUCCUUCACCUGCUCCUUCGACUCAAACUAAUGUUGUUCCUCCUGUUCAACACAGGAUCAGCCGGGUCUCCAAUGGACAAGACCAGCCUUAUCUCGAUGGAAGAGACCACGCCGAUUGGCUUCGUGGUAGCAGCGAGUAUGACCUUCAUCAUCUCGAUCGCAGAUACAGCGACGUCAGCCUGCGUCCGAGUGAUCUUGCAGACGAAAUCGAACGGACAUUGGCCGCCUCCACUGAUCCGGAUGCAACGAUACCAGCACGCGAAGAACAUAAGGACAACGAAGAUGAUAAUGAUUCCCCUGAUUCAGGUGGAUACAUCAACGAGGACCAUCACGAUCAGCCCCCGGAAAGAAAAGUACCAGCGGGGAAUCGCCCAGUAGGUCCCGUAGUGCCUCCUAGAAGUUCAGCUUCAUCUUCACCUCCAUCUCAGGGCGAUCAUCGUCAUCCACCGAAUCCAAGUCCGACCGCGGCACCUGAUGCUCCAGUCAUCAUGCAGCCUCGCGCUCCACCACAGCAGGAAUCGAGGACGCCAAAUCUUCCUGUUGCUCCUCCACCAGCAACAGGCAAUGCGCAACCUCAAGGGCCACCUCAAGGAUCGAAUGCAGGAGCAGGAAUAGCGAUUCACAUUUACAACGGACCGCAACAGCCGCAGCCGGUAGUUCCACAGCUGCCGGCUCCGAACCCUGCUCCAACGCCAGGUGGAAGACCAGGUCCAGUCUUACAACCAGGUAGAAGUGCUGGUAGUUCUAGUACAGUGCAGAUGGACAUCAGUGACGAUCGUGUCGUACCAAUGAGCGCGCCUCUCUUUCUGCAGAUGGACGAAGAGGACGAGUAUCUUCUACCAAGUAGUAGAAGAAGCAAUAGCAAAAGCUACAACAUGCAAGUAGAAAUAGAAAAUGGAAUAAAUGCUAGGAGGAGAACAUCUUCAUCAGCUAAAAUGUUACGUCGAGAGGGCGAUGACGACGACUUCAUAGAAGACUUCACCCACAAGAACAAAAUUAAGGCUAGAAGAAAUCUCCCAUUUUCAGAAGCAUCCUGAGACCGUUUUCAAGGGGCGAAAGGUCCUCGGAUGCGUCUCAAGAUGGAUUUCUCUUGGUUCUAAUAAAAAGAAACACGAUGAACAUCGUGUUGUCCUCUCGACCUCAUCUACCUCUUCGAAGAAUCUUCAAUUAGAAGAACAUCAUCUCCACCCAAAAAGAAGCCUGAAUCCUCGAGCAGUCCUUUCCUUCCUUCAGAACAAGGUGCUACAACCGGGUGUCGGAAUGGCGAGAAUUAUGGGUGGCACUUUGUAUAAAGUGUUGCUCGAACCACCGAAGUAUGAGUGGAAGAGGGUUUCCCAUAGCCAUAGUAGACGCAGUAGAGAUGAAGGGGCUGCUUCGUCGAGUGUCCUGCAGCUCGGCCGCUCUGGAGGAUCGAACAUCAUUGAGGAAGUGGAGGGUAGUGACAAUGCAGAUGGAGGUUCCUCUAGCGAAAAUCCUACAGCAAGAACUUCUCUUACUGAUAAGACCCAAGCUCAUGCGAGUUCGACAACAGUAGAACAAGUUGGACAAGCUACUUCUUCGUCUAGAAGUACGACCGCCGCCUCAUCUCUACCAACACUCCUAGCUGCAUCUCUUUUUCAGCGAGAUGAUCAUGGACACAACGACCAACUGGAAAACUUCUGGGAGGCUAAAAUGAAGGACAUCAAAAGUAUCAAGCUGCGAUGUCACAUGAGGACUGUGCUUGAUCGCGAAGGGGACAGUAGCUUUCUUGAACAAGACUCUUCAUUCUCUGGACCUGGAGGACAAGCCGCUUCAUCUUCCACCUUGGAUGUCACACGUCAACAGCAACAGGGACAACCACAACCACAACAAGUACCUCCAGCAGCUCCAGUUACAGCUACAGCACAAGCACGACCACAACCACAAGCAGGUCCACUAGAACAUGAACAUGAUCUCACACUCACUAUUGCUGGUGCUCCACGUCCACAUACAGAGGCUUUUGAUUUUGGGUGUAUGGUUUCGACAUUUCUGAUGCCAGGUGAGGAAGAGGGGUCGGAAACCGUAUCAGCAGCUCCACAAGCGGAAGUUAAGAGUUUUUUGAAUGCAGUUUCAGUUAUGAGUAGACUAGCUCCAGUUGUAGCUUUCUUGUGAACCCUGUUGAGCAGAACUCCUCUUGCACUUCUUUAAUCUUUUACUCCCAGCACUUCUUUCUAAAAGAAAUGAGCCGCAAGCACACGACGGAGCACCAAACGCGCAACCAACAACAGCAGUGGGUGGAGGUCAAACAUCAACUACGCUUAACAUUCCUCCAGCCAUCUCCCAGAUACCUGUGGGUGUGCGAAGCAGUGCCAGUGCGCUAAUCCAACUCGUCUGGGGUGCCGUUAGAAAGGAGACAGAGGAAGUGAGAGGAAAUGCGCAGAUGCAGCUGCUACAAUUACCAGGAGCUACGUCGACAGGAAACGCACCAGGUGCACAAGCUCAAGCGGGUGGACUAGUUUUCGGCGCUGUAGUUUCAGGAGCAUCCACCAACUCGCAGCAAGUAGUUUCAGGAGCUGCUGUUGGGAACCUUGUCCGAGGACAACAACAAGUGAAUCCUUCAUCUAGCACAAGACCCCGAGCAACUUCAUCCACUCCACCACCACCAGAGCAAAGUCGAAGCUGGGACCAAGUUUGGCGGGUCGCUGUGGGAGAUGAUCCCGAGAUGCACGACGUACGGAAUGAAAAACCAGACAUCUUUCACAGUACCAUCCGCGAACUUCGCACGACAUCUUCAGCAGGUACUAUCAUCAAAGGAAGGACCACGAGCGGGAGUGCUGCUUCUUUUUUAUCCACGACCUCGUCUUCCAGCAGUUCUACUUCAGCCGGCGCUCCACAGCACCCGAAGGACAAGGUCACAACUAAGUCUGCAGAACUAGAUGUACAGAAGCUUGCUCGAAAAAGCUUGCUCCAACUGAGCGCUACACUAGAACAGGCGGCGAAGACUUUUCACAGAGUACGGGAUCUGUCUCAGCCGGCGGGUGACAUCGUGAUGAGGAGCGAUCAUGCAGUAGAGGAAAAAUUAGAAUCAAGCUGGGAUAGUUACAAAAAAAUAUUCUCGGACCUCUUUCUUCUACCGACUACCACUUCACCAUCGUCUCGUGGCGAAACGGUAAGCAGUGAGGACCGUGGGCAGUACAGAGGUGAAGGUGAUCAAUAUAGUACUGCAGCAGUACCGAAGAUACAAGAAGAGCAACACCGAGAUAUCACCCAUCUACCAAUAUCUUCAUCCUUCCUAGAAGAACAUGAAACCCCCAGCGCCGGAAACGAAGAAAGACGACCCGUCCGUGGAGUAGAAGAUCUAGAUGAACUUGGUGUUGAAGAAGAAGAUAGUACUGACUUAGAAGAGGACUACAGCGCACCGUUUAGGGACCAAGAUAGAAUGUUCACCUUCCUGCAAGUAGACCAGGUAGUGUCAGCAAGUCCAAGCAAAGCUGUACAGCAGGUAUCUUCAUCAGCAGCCUUCGGCGCGCCUGCACAGGACCCAUUAGGAACGGUAGGCACAUCAGUAAGUGCAGACGUUAUCGUUCCACAGAGUCAAUCGCAUGAACUUCAACAUCCGAUAGAAGUUGCACAACCCAAAAAACAACAGCAAGUACUUGAGGAACCUAUGGCAACUUCUACUUCAUCUUCCUCAGUACAACUUGUUGUAUCUUCGCCUCCAAGUCCAACUCCAAGCUCACCAACUCCACCUCCAAGCAAAAAGCCUGUGAAAGUAGAGGAAAAAGUUGUGAUAGAGAAGCCUUCAGAAACGGACCGCGCUUGGGGUUGGUAUUAAGGCUCGACGCAAUUCAUUUCCAAGGGUCAUUUUCUUCGGUUUCCUCCUUCGGAUUCCGAAGAAAUGAAGGGGAAAAGUGAAUUGAUCUUUUGAGGGUUUUAAUGGUACAUUGGCGAAGAGUUGAUCGCAGUUUGCGAAGGUGCCUCCGAACCGCUUGAGUGUGGACAUCAUGUGGCUGCUUUUGGCCACACCCCUGUCUGGAUUUUCGCAUCCGGCGCUCAAGACAUGAAUUUAUGAAGAGCAUCUUGUUGCGAAAUUUAAGUAACUCUUAUGACUUAUGCACUUAUGAAUAUGAAGACCUUGCUGCCAAAUUUAACUUGGUUAGGUACUAUAGAUAUUUCUUGAGCAUCAAUCAUUUUUUGUGUCUGAAACAACCAUUCGUAAAGAAACACUUUCCCCUCUGAACCUGUAAUACAGUAGCCGCAUUCAUAAAAAGCCAACACAAACAAUCCGCCGAAACGACCGAAGCACAUUGCCGCCUUGAAAGAGGCGUUUCCUUCGCAGCUGCAUCUUGGUGAAGCGAUCGAGAUCUACACGGCUGUUCCCGCUGUGGCGCUUGUCAAGACGAUAGGCAUUUUCAGCGUGAUCGUGUACGGCCUGCUCUUCUUCGCCUACAUCGGUUAUCUGAUCACCAUUUGCUGGUGUUUUUACCCCUGUCGCACGUUCUACAGGAUCGAGAAAGGAGAACCGUCUAGUACCCCUGUGAGAGGAAGUUCGAACAGGAGGAACAAUAGUACUUCUCCCGUCACGACAACUCCUCUAGUAGUACCUCCUUCUCCAACAACAUUGAAGGUGAAUGCUAUCUCGGCAAUGCUCAUGAACGCUGUUUUGAAGACCCAGGCAGGUUUGAACAUGUUUUCCGUUGUGCCGAAGCUGAUAUUAAGGCUCCAUCUCCAGACGCAUCGAUCGGAUCCUGGUGCCUUUCUAUGAGAAAAGCAAGGCCAGGAUGACUUUCAAGAUGGAUUAAGAUUAACAUUAUUUAUUCAUUAACCACCUGAAACAGGAUGCAGAUGCUUCGGGGACUUGAUGGGCGUCCUCUUACAAACUUACUCCAUAGAAAUACUGACUUUGAAAAGACCUAGGUGAGCCUCAUUAUUAAAUGGGGGGAGGCUCUAAUGAUAGCCCACCUUCCGUUCCUCACCGGUGAGUACGGCACCCUCCUAGACGAGGAGCCGUGGUAUUUGGGCUUGGCGGCUGUUUUUGCGCAUUUGGCGUUUGUGAGCGUUAGCAUGACGUGCUUUUUGCUUGCGACUACCAAGUUCGACAUCGCACGAAAACAUGAAGAAGAACGGCUGACAUUGAUGCUUGCUGCACGUGGGAGCGCCGGGGGAUCGAAUGAUAAUAGUGCUGGACAAAGACGAGAAGAAAAACGAUCAUCAUCUUCGUAUCAACGCGGUUCUUCAUCAAGGCAGACCAAGAAGGGUGAACAAGAUCGUCGAUCAUCACGCUCGUCUAGACACUCUUUUAGAAGAAGCAGCGCAGAUGGAAGGGAAACCCGAAUUCCUCCCGAUUAUGCUAUGGCGAAGAAUAUCAGGAUAUCGAUACCGACUUCAGAAGGAAAAAAGACCACACUUGUAAGUAGUGCUGGAAGUGGUUCUCCGAAGAGCAGGCGGACGAAGACGAUGUGUUCCGGUGCUAGCGAGAGCACUGGAUCUCAACAAGGUCAGAAGCGGAAGACUUCUAACACAAAUAAGACUGAGAAUCUUGUUGUUAAUCUUCAACAUGAGAACUCUAGUAGAGCGACAAGAACGACUAGAACUUCUACUAUGGUAGUUCCCGGAGCUGCGCCUCUUCCAGAACCAGAGGACCCUAGUUCGAGGUCUACUAGGAAGAGCAAUACAACAGCAAGUCGGGUUUUUCGAAGGGAAUUGGAAAAUUCCGAGAAAAAUGGGAACAAAAAGGAACUGAACGAAUUCACUGUCUAGUAGCUAGAAUUUAGAGGACUGGGUAUUUCACUGUCAUCAUCAAGGACAGGAACUCAUCUCUUCUUCUACAGACCGAGGACAUCUUCAACUCCUUGCC